CCCCGUUUCGCUAGCACUUGUUGAGAAAGGGGCCAAAAAAGGGGCAGCUUCACGAUCUCUGUACUCUCGUUUUCGUCGCUGUUCUCCCCUUUCUCCCCAGCCAGCCCAGCCCUCACUCUCAGGCGCCCUUCAACCUCUCUUAUCACUGUCACGUACUCCGUGCGACUCCGUGCUCCUAGCCGCGCCGCGUCUCUUCAUUCACAUGCAGACGCGCCUAUCGCCUUUCCUCCAUUAAUGGAUAUUGCCUCUGCCAGUCGCCCCAAGGUCAUCCCCUUCCAAGGCGUAGCCGAUUCUGCUAGCGACGAGGAUGACGACGUCCCCAACGGCGACCUACUACCCCAUCAUCAUCACCAUCAUAUCCAAGCUCAUUCCCAUGCUCGCGUAGCGGGGGAUAACCCUCGUGGUCUAGGACGCCUGCGAUCGCGUGUUCGAGAUGGCGUGCAACGCGCCCUCGACCCCUGGUUACCAAUGAGUCCACGUCGGUCACACGCCUGGACGCGUGUGCCGCAAUCUGAAGAUGGAGCGGGGCCUUUCCCCCCGGACCGGGAACGUCCGGGUCUCUCCACGGCGACGUCCGGGCCCGCUCCGUCCUCCCCCCCGCGCCACCGAACCGGCUUCCGCGCAUUGUUGCUCUCGUCAUGGGUCAACGCCCUUCUCGUCUUUGUUCCCAUCGGCAUCGCCAGCUACUUGUCUGGCAUGAGCCCCAUCCUCACCUUCGUCACCAAUGUAGUCGCUAUUGUGCCGCUAUCGGCGCUGCUCACCGAUGCCACCGAGCAGAUUGCCAACGAUGCCGGCGACACCAUUGGUGCGCUGCUCAACAUUAGCUUGGGCAAUCUGGUCGAACUGAUCAUCUUUGUCGCUCUCAUCAACAACCAUAUCCGAAUCGUCCAAGCAUCUAUUCUUGGAUCCAUCCUCGUGAACCUUUUGCUCAUCCUCGGUUCUGCUCUUCUCGCCAGUGCCGUGACGGGCGGCUCAUCGGCCUGUCAUAUCUCCAACACCCAACUUCUCAGUUGUCUUCUCUUGGUCUCCCUUUUCGUGUUCCUCAUGCCUACGGCCUUCGAUUAUACUUUUGAACAUUCGGCCGGUGCCGACGUAGCCAUCCUCCAGAUGAGCAGGAUAUCGUCUCUCAUGGUCUUACUCAUCUACGUGCUCUACUUUGUCCACGAGCUCAAGACCGGCCCACUAUCCCAACCACGGCCCCCACCCCAGACCGGAUCUCCGGACACCGGCUCCGACGAGGAGAUGAACGCCCCGCAAUUUCAAUGGAGGACCACCGCCGUACCACGACCCCAAGUCCGAAGCCGGUCCAACACCCUACCCCCGCGCGUCGUGCGCUUCGCAAACACGAACCAAAGGUCCUGGUCCGACAAUGCCAAUGCCACACAAAUGCAAACCACCACCGAAGAAAUCGAGCUAGAAACCCUCGGCAACACGUCCCCCCUUCAACCCACCCCGGCCGACGACCCGGACCGUCCCAGUCCCGGUGGCCCACCGCCAUCCUCCAGCCGUCCACCCGUGCGCAUCGCCCACCGGCAUUCCGGCUCCUUAUCCUCCAUCACGCGCUCCCACCCCUUCGGCCCCGGUUCCAUCCCGGGCUUCGAAUCCUCCUCCGCCACGGCCCUGAUGCGUUCCGGCCCCACGACGCUCCAGAUCCUCCGCGACAACCGCGCCGCCGCCGCCACGUCCGGGGACGGCGGCUUCGGCAGCAGUUCCGGCGGCUACGCCUACGAGCACGCGACGGCAUCCCGGCCGCACGGGGCCCGCCCGACGAGCGAGCGCGUCAAGUCCAUCAUCGUGCUCAUGGCGGCGUCCGUCGUCAUGUCCUUGUGCGCCGAGUUCCUGGUCAGCGCCAUCGACGACGUCACGCACCAGGGCCACCUCUCCGAGCCGGUCAUCGGGCUCAUCAUCCUGCCCGUGGUGGGGAACCUCGCCGAGUACAUCACCGUCGUCACCGUCGCCGCCAAGGAUAAGCUGGAGCUGGCCAUCGCCGUGGCCGUGGGGUCGUCCAUCCAGAUUGCCCUGUGCGUGACGCCCCUGACCGUCAUCGCCGGCUGGAUCCUGGACCGGCAGUUGGCGCUCACUUUUAAUUUCUUCGAGAUGGCCACUUUGGUCGGCUCGGUCUUGCUGGUCAACCUGCUUAUAUUGAAUGAUGGGAAUAGUUCGCUCAAGGCCGGCGGACUGAAGGGAGCGUUGAUGUGUACUUGUUUCGCGAUUAUCGGGUACGUUUCUUUUCUUUUCCUUCCGUUCUCUACCGCCUCCGUGUAAGGCGUGAAAACUGACGUGGACUGUAGACUGGGAGCAUAUUUGUCCCCUGAAUCCAAGGCCGAUUGAUCCGGCUUGCACUGAACAUGUAUUUCCUCCGUUC